CAAAUGUCACACAGAUAGAUUUUUACUUUUUAGGUUAUUUUGGUUUUCCGGCGAAUAUUUCUUAGCGCUAGCAAAUAAAUGAGCAUUAGUAUAAUACAUAAAGUGUGUAGUGUUUUUGUAGUUAAUUCAUUUAAACGGUUUAAAUCUGUCGAUGUGAAGAUGAACGUGUUUACCCAGAAGAGGAAUCCUAUAACCGGGGCUACGGAAUGGGACAUGCAACAUGAGGACUAUGAUUAUCAUCAGGAGAUAGCAAGGUCCGCAUUUGCCGACAUGCUUCAUGAUACUGAGAGAAACAAGAAGUACCAUAGGGCGCUGCAGCUAGCUAUAGAGAAAAUGCACGAAGCUGGAAAACCAGCUAACGUUUUAGACAUAGGCACUGGCACAGGUCUACUUUCUAUCAUGGCAGCGAGAGCUGGUGCCGACUCCAUCGUAGCCUGCGAAGCUUUCAAGCCUAUGGCAGAAUGUUGCCGUAAGAUUCUGGAACAAAACGGUGUCGCCAAUAAAAUCACCCUCAUACCCAAGAGGUCCACUGACCUGACAGUGGGUGAAGAUGGAGAUAUGAAACAGAAAGCUAAUAUCUUAGUGACAGAGGUCUUUGACACUGAGCUGAUUGGUGAAGGAGCCCUUUCAACAUUUUCCCAUGCACACAAAUAUCUUCUAGAAGAAGACUGUAUAGUGGUGCCUGAUUCAGCUGUGGUGUACGCUCAAGUGGUGGACUGUCCUACUAUGGAGAAAUGGCAUAAGCUGCAAGACAUAAAUGACGAGAUCUUGAACUUACACCUCAAAACUCCUCAGAAUAUAAAAGACUGCUCAGGUAUAGCGUCAGUCCAUGACCUGCAACUCUCCCAACUGCCUCGACGUACAUUCACGGAGUUAUCAGAACAAUUAGCUAUAUUCUACUACGAUUGGUCGGGUCGCACCCCCAUAGACAUGAAACGCACUGUCCAUCAGAAGUUCACGGCGACCACCUCGGGGACUGGGCAGAUGGUGUUUGUAUGGUGGGACCUCAAUAUGGAUACUGAAGGAAAGAUAGUCCUAAGCUGUGCUCCGUGGUGGUCGCAUCCGGCGGCGAACAUAGCGACAGAGCACCCCGAAGACACCAUACCUUGGCGAGACCACUGGAUGCAAGCCAUAUACUACUUCGCCCAACCACUACCUGUCAAAUACGAUACAGAAUAUACCUUAGUCUGUUGCCAAGAUGAAUAUUCUUUCUGGUUCUUCUUGGAAGACGGGAAAAGCAAACCAGAUAAUUAUCAAAGACCAAAUUGUGAAUGUGGAGUGCAUGUAGCAUUAUCAAGAACCCACGUUGGAUAUUUGAAUAACCAGGAUAGAUGUAAAAUGUACUUGAAAGAAAUAAAGAAGCAAAUGAAGGAGAUUAUGAAUCCGGUUGUUUUGGAUUUAAAUGGGACUAGUUUAAUGGGUCUGGCUACAGCUCAAAUUGGUGCCAAAUCAGUGUACAUUAUAGAAACAAAUAGUCUGUUUUUGGGCAUUUUGGAAGCGUAUGUGAGAGAGAAUAAAAUUAAUAAUGUGAAGUUUAUUUCUGAAAAGGAUGUUGAUGACGAUAUUUUGAGAGACGUUUCAAUGGUGGUUUGUGACCCGAACUUUACCAGUGCGAUUCUCCCGUGGGAGAACUUAAGAAUGGCCCACAUUCUAUACCAAUUCAAAAACAAAUUAAGGCACGACAUAGUGAUAAUACCGGAGAAAUGCGAGUUCUUCACAAUGCCAGUAGAAUUUUUGGAUCUGCACAAAAUAAGGAUACCGCUAGGGAAAUGUGAAGGGAUUGACAUGAAGAUUUUUGACGACCUAGUUGAGUCGUCCCGUCAGAUCAGCGACGCGGAAUUAGAAGCGCAGCCACUCUGGGAGUACCCGUGCUUCUCUCGCGGUGUACCGCGCAAGCUGUUGGAAAUCGAUAUGCUAGAUCUGCAGGCUACCUACGCCAAUAACGAAUCUUUUAAACUCGCGCAACCGGAAGACGGUGAACAAGUAGUGAACGGGUUCGCGAUAUGGACGGUGUGGACCAUCGGGGACAAGCAGCACAGCACGGGGCCCACUGAGGCCCCCAAGGUCGGCGACCGUAUCAAAUGGGACCCCCAUACAAGACAGGCCGUUAAAAUACUUAAAAACACUUUUAUAGUGAAGUGUUCGGAUAUGUGGAAGUUCCAGGUGGCCUGUGACUUAUCCUCAGGGCAGUUCAACAUGAGUAUCGACCUGGUGGGAGCCAACCACAAACCUAUCUCCAAGUUAGGCAAGAUGUCUACCACAUCUAGUGUCACUCGGUUAACCAGCUCCCGGACAUAUUUUUAAACUGCAUUUUGGUUGAUGUGUUUAUCUUUUAAAGUGUACACGUCUACCUAUUUUUGCCGGUCAAAUUGACUGUUCUAUGUGGUCCUUAUAUGUAGCUAACACUUUAGAAAAAUAUACAAGAAAUGCGCCACCUAAUUGUAGGUGUCUAUUUUUUUAUUUGUGUGUUGUGCAGGUUUUAUUUGCAGGCAGGAUCGCGGCCUUAUUAUACAGUGGUAUAAUGCACAGAACGCACGAUCUAUAGUUUUAUAGUGAAUAUGAAAUGCAUUUAAUAAUUAUGUAUUCAAUUUUACAUACACAAUUAAAUUAUUAGUGACUUAUAUA